GUCACAUCCAAAUCAGCUAAAAAGGCGAUGUGGCGACGUGUUUUUGCAAAUGUGAACCACUAGUUUUGCAUCCCAAAUCAAAACUUCAAUCAUCAUGGCCUCGAUUACCUUUGGUACUCCACCCCACCCUGUCGACCCAUCCGCAAAUUUAAGACCCUUCAAUAUCUCUAUUCCUGAUGCUGAGAUCGAAAAAUUAAACACUCUCCUCGAGCUUUGUCCCAUCGCGCCUCCAAAUCGGGCAAAUUCGCGCGAGGAUGGCUCUCAGGGUAUUCCACGAAAGGUUUUGGUAGACAUGGUAGAGUAUUGGCGGAGAAAAUACGAUUGGAAAAAGUGGGAGUCGACUCUCAACUCGUUUCCUCAGUACAAGAUUACGAUCGCCGAUAACGAAUCGAGGGCUUAUGACAUCCAGUUCUUCGCUUUAUUCUCCAAGAACCCGUCCGCAAUCCCUAUUCUGCUUCUUCACAGUUGGCCUGGCUCCGUUGUCGAGUUCUUGCCAUUACUACUUAAACUACGCUCGCAGUAUGCUUCCUCCGGGGCGGAAUCACUUCCUUACCAUAUAGUCAUACCCCAUUAUAUCGGAUAUGGGUUUUCCGACCCACCGCCGCUCGACAAAGAUAUUACGCACACUGACAAUGCGCGCUUAGUUUCGAAGAUGAUGCGUGCACUGGGCUUUGCAGAGACUGGUUAUGUGGUACAGGGUGGGGAUCUAGGCUCAGCUACAGCUCUGGUUGUUGCCAGUAACGACCCAGCAUGCAAAAUGGUGCACGUCAACCUCCUGAAUAUUACACCUCCACCGGGAACUGACGUGGAGGCCGAUAUCAAAGCCGGAAAAUACACUCACGAGGAGACGGAGUCACUCAUCAACACCAUGGAGUUUCUCAAGAAGGAAACUGCUUUCAUUAAACUCAACGGCACUAAGCCCGCCACAGCUGGUUUCCUAGUUGGAAGUAGCCCAGUCGCAUUACUAGCUUGGAUAGGUGAGAAAAUGCUCAAGUGGACUGAUGAGCAGCCAAGCAUAGAUCUAAUUCUAACGAAUUUGUCGAUAUAUUGGUUCUCGGGAUGCUACGCGACGACUAUCUCGCAUCAUCAGCUAGUCCUUGAAGAUUCAGAGCCUCUCACUAGUGGUUGGAAGGGGGUCAAUGUGCCAUUGGGAUACUCUUGGUUCAAGAAGGAGCUUGUCAACCCGCCGAAGCCAUGGAUUGACUAUACUGGAAAAUUGAGCUGGUAUCGGAUACAUGAGAAGGGCGGACAUUUUGCUUCUCUUGAAAUGCCCGACGUGUUUUGGAAGGAUGUGGAGGACUUUGUAAAUGAAUUCUGGGGGAAGGCUGACUAGAUGGAGUAUAGGCUUCUCGUAUGCGUGGCUUAGAGUCAUGUAUGUUUUUAUACAUAUUCUUUUUUUUUUUGUUUCAUGAUUGGGAUUCUGUGUGACACCGCACCUGAC